UGAGAAGUCUCCUUUCCCUCAGCUGAUUUAUCACCGAGAGGAGUCCCAGAAGUAAAUAAGAGCUCAGAAUAAGUGCUCGUUUUUAGAUAAGUCUGCAUUUUAGCAUGUCUGCUAGUAAAUCCCAAGACAUUGUUCCAAAGUGGGAAAGAUGGGUUCGAGUCGUGCUUUGUGUUUUUGGUUUAAUCUUGUCGGUUUAUGCUCUUCACGUGGAGCUGUCUCGUGAAAGCGACCCGAAUUACAGAGCUAUGUGUGACCUGGCUGAGUCGGUGAGCUGCUCCAAGGUUUUCACCUCCAGGUGGGGACGUGGAUUUGGACUCGUCCAGCUGUUUGCUGAAAAGGACAGCAUUCUGAACCAACCAAACAGUGUACUGGGCAUCAUCUUUUACACUCUGCAGCUAGGGCUGGGCCAAAUGGUGUCCAGUACAGCAGCACAUUUCUUGGUCAUGGCAUCCUGGGUGUCAGUAGCUGGUUCCAUCUAUCUCGCUUGUAUUUUAGUAUUAGUUCUGGGAGAUUUCUGCAUGGUGUGUGUGUCGACGUACAUCAUCAACUUUGCUCUCCUCUACACCAACCAGAAGAGAAAGGCAGGCCUCAGGGGGAAGCAAAAAAGAGACAAGACAAAAUGAGAUUUUGUGUGUGUCUGUCUGUCUAUCCUACUUUGUAAGUGAUGCAAGGAACAGCAGUGAUAUUGGAUUCCAAUUGUCUUACGAUGAAGCCGAACACAGUGGCAAUGGCAUUCCCUCAUAACUCGUCCUGCCUGCUGAAACCUCUCUUGCUUGUAGAGCAGACUUUUUUGUUACACAAAAGCAUGCAAUCUGUUCACUUAAAAACUCUUUGCCUCUUUGAAUAAAAGCUUAUUUAAAAAAUAA